AUGGAAAAUAGAGGACAAAAGAGAACUGACACCUCUGAAGAAUUGCCUGCGGAUAAGAGAGCAUGUAAUUCCGUGGAGUUCAGGCCAAGUACAUCAGUUUCACCUGUUCGCACACCAAUGAAUGAGGUGCACGAAGCUCAUGAUGCCGACAUGGAUACAUCAUCAUCAACUUCUGGAUCAAUGAGAUCAGAAGGUGACAUGGAGAGGGAUUCCUCUGGCUCUUGUGAUUCAGAUAAUAACUACCGUGAUUAUUAUAGAAGGAGGUCAUCUGGUGAUCAAAGCAAGUUCAAGAAAGUAAUGUCAAGUUUAACUGAGAGUGUUGAUGAAUCGGAGCAGUUGGCUGCCCUUAAUGAACUCUGUGAAUUGCUAUCUUUCUGUAGUGAUAGUUCAUUGUCUGGUCUGAUGGCGGAUUCGUUCUCUCCGUUACUUGUGAAAUUGGCAAGGCAUGAGAGCAAUCCUGACAUAAUGCUGUUGGCUAUUAGAGCUAUAACUUAUUUUUGUGAUGUUCAUCCACGAGCUUCAGCUUAUCUUGUCAGACAUGAUGCAGUGCCUGCUCUAUGUCAAAGGCUUUCGGCCAUUGAGUACUUGGAUGUGGCAGAACAAUGCUUGCAAGCAUUGGAGAAAAUUUCGCAGGAGCAUCCACUUGCUUGCUUGCAAUCUGGCGCUAUCUUGGCUGUCUUAAAUUAUAUUGAUUUCUUCUCAACAGUUUUGCAGAGGGUUGCACUUUCCACUGUGGUAAAUAUUUGCAAGAAACUUCCUUCAGAAAGUCCUUCACCCUUCAUGGACGCAGUUCCUAUCUUGUGCAAUCUUCUGCAGUAUGAAGAUCGACAGUUAGUUGAGAGUGUUGCUACUUGCUUGAUUAAAAUAACCGAGCAAGUAGGCAACAGGUCUGAUAUGUUGGAUGCACUCUGUAAACACGGACUCGUUCAACAAGCUGUAGAUCUCAUCAACUUGAAUAGUCGAACGUCAUUGUGUCAGCAAAUAUAUCUGGGUCUGAUACAAGUACUUGUCAAACUGGCUUCUGGUUCUGUUCUUGCUGUCAGGACACUUUUUGAGAUCAACAUAAGCCGAAUAUUGAAGGAUAUAUUAUCUAGCUUUGACAUCUCCCAUGGCAUAACUUCCAGUACAACGGUUGAUGGUCAAUGCAAUCAGGUCCAUGAAGUUCUGAAGUUACUGAAUGAGCUUCUCCCUGCUACUACAACUGCCGGGGAGCAGGAUUCUCUAAUAACAUCUGAGAAAGUAGCAUUCUUUACCAGCCGACCUGAUCUCCUUCAAAGUUUUGGGUUGGAUUUACUUCCGGUUCUGAUCCAGGUGGUGAAUUCUGGCGUGAAUUUAUAUGUUUGUUAUGGGUGUUUAUCUGUGAUCAGCAAGUUCGUCUAUUUCAGCAAAUCUGAUUUACUCCUUGAAGUCCUUGAAUGCACCAACAUUUCAAGUUUCUUGGCUGGAGUCUUUACCCGGAAGGAUUUUCAUGUGUUGCUACUGUCGCUUCAAAUUGUUGAGACAGUUCUGCAGAAGCUUUCCCAUGCAUUUUUGAGUUCUUUUGUGAAGGAAGGUGUCUUUUCUGCAGUUGAUUCAUUUUUAUCCACAGAAAGGUGUUCUCAUUCUAUGUUUCACACAUCAAACGGCCUGCAAGAAGUUGCCAGUCAAAAAUCAGCUUCAAGGGAUGGGGGAAAAUGUCUAUGCUUUGCUUUUGAUACUGGUCAAUCUCCAACAACUUCAGAUCCUCUAGUUUGCAAGAUCGAUGAAGACUCCAUCAAAAAACUUGCAGAGCAUAUAAAGGGCAGCUACUUUUCAGCAGAAACCAUGAACCUUGAGAAAGGGUUGACGGCUAUAUUUCAUAAGCUCAAAACUUUAGCUUCUAGAUUGGCACAUAUGGUAAGUGUGGAAAUGGUGAACUCUAGCUCUUCUGAUGAACGUGAAGAAGAGUUGUACCUUAUUUUGAGGGAUAUAGUAUCAGUUCUUAAUGGGGAAGACCCUAUAUCCACUUUUGAGUUUCUUGAAAGUGGAAUUGUGAGGUCACUACUUAUGUAUCUAUCCAAUGGGCAAUAUAUGGAUGGAAAGGAAGGUGCUGUGCGGGGGAAAAAUCAUUUGUGUGUCAUAGAGAAGAGAUUUAAGGCCUUUGGAAAUCUGCUUUUUUCUUUUUCUAAACCAACUUCUCUGGAGUGUCCUCUGCCAGCUUUGAUUAAGAAAUUACAAAGUUCACUAGCUUUUGUAGAAACAUUUCCUGUCAUCUUGAGCCAGAAAGUCAAACUGAAAAGUUCUCAUGCUAAAAUUCCUUAUGGACGAGCUACUUCGUACCCUUGCCUGAAAGUCCAGUUUCAGAAGGUGGAGGAAGAACUUUCCCUUGGGGAAUAUGUUGCAGAUGUUGUAACUGUUGACCCAUUCUCAACUUUGGAUAGAAUUGAAAAAUACAUGUGGUCAAAAGUGAGUACUCAAAAAGCAGGAGCAAAAUCAGCCCAAUCCGACGGGGAGGGGAGUUGUUCAUCUCAAAGCAGGACUGAAGAUAGUAUGGAGUCAGAUUGCAUGUCCAAUCAAGUAAAUGAAAUGCAGCUUGAGGACAAUAUGGAGCAAGUGCCAGAGAAAGGUCCUACAAAAAUAACAGGCUGUCAAAGAUGCGAUAAAGAUGAAGAAUCUUCGCCAAAAUUGGUUUUUUACCUUGACGGAGAAGAAUUGGAACUGGGGUUGACAUUAUAUCAAGCUAUAAUCCAACGAAAAUUUAAAGAAGAAAAUGACGGUAGUACUUCAAGCAGUAAUUUGUGGAGUCGAGUAUACAAGGUCACCUAUGGUAAAGCUGUCGAACAAAUUAAUUGUCAAGAUCAUGAUUGUUGUUCGUUGGGCAAUGCUACUGACUCCAGCCGGUACCCAUUGCUGUUUUCUGAUAUCUUUGCUUCAGAACUUACGGACAUGAAUGGGUGCACUCCAGCUUAUGAUAUAUUAUCUCUCCUCAAGUGUCUGGAAGGGAUAAAUAGGUUCAGAUUUCAUUUGACUGCGCACGAUAGAAUGUUUGGUUUCGUGAAGGGGGCAAUUGAUGACUUUGAUAAUUAUAAUCUUGAAGUUAAUGGUGUUCCCCAAUCUGAAUUUGUUAAUAGUAAACUGACAGAAAAAUUGGAACAGCAGAUGAGGGAUCCUUUGGCUGUCUCAAUUGGUGGCUUGCCUGCAUGGUGUUCCCAGUUAAUGGGCUCAUACCCCUUUUUGUUUGGUUAUGAUGCAAGGUGCAAGUACUUCUGGUUGGCUAUGUUAGGUCAGCAGGCUUCUCAAUCUCGUUUAUCUCGUAGUGAUGAAGUAGGAGUCAUGCAUCCAAGGAGGCAAAACAGUGGUAACUAUUCCCGCAAAAAGUUCCUUGUUGACCGAAGUAAAGUUCUUGAUUCUGCAAUACAGAUGAUGAAUGUCCAUGCCCAGCAGAAAGUAGUCUUGGAGGUGGAAUAUCAUGAGGAAGUUGGCACUGGUCUUGGUCCAACAUUAGAAUUCUAUACAUUGAUUAGUCAUGAGUUUCAAAAGAGUGGCCUGUGCAUGUGGAGGGGGGAUCAUGAAGCUCAACGUGGUAUUAAAGAUUUAGAGCGGGAUGAAUCUGGAGUUCUUGCUCCAUUGGGACUUUUCCCUCGUCCGUGGUCACCCAGAGUGGACAUUUCUGUAGGUUCAGGUUUUCCUAAUGUGAUGGAAAAAUUUGUACUUCUAGGGCAAAUUGUAGGAAAGGCUCUUCAAGAUGGAAGAGUGUUGGAUCUUCCUUUUUCUAAGGCCUUUUACAAACUCGUCCUUGGGAAGGAACUAACAAUGUAUGACAUCCAGUUAUUUGAUCAUGAACUUGGUAGAGCUCUUUUAGAAUUUCAGGCCCUCGUCGAGAAAAAGAAGUAUCUAGAAUCUAUGAAUGGGGAAUCAUCAUCUCGUCUGGACCUCCGUUAUCACAGAACUAGAAUUGAAGAUCUUUGCCUUGAAUUUACUCUUCCAGGGUACCCUGACUACUUCGCAGAGCCUGCAUCUGGCUCAAAAAUGGUGAAUAUGUCCAACUUAGAAGAAUUUGUUUCAUUUGUGGUUGAUGCUACCAUAAAAACUGGGAUUUCAAGACAAGUGGAGGCUUUCAAGUCAGGAUUUUGUCAGGUCUUGCCCAUCCAGCACCUCCGGUUAUUCAGUGAAGAGGAAUUAGAACGUUUGCUGUGUGGGGAGCAUUCACAUUGGGAUGCAAAUGAGCUUUUGGACCACAUAAAGUUUGAUCAUGGGUACACUGCUAGUAGUGCGCCUAUUAUCAAUUUUUUGCAAAUUAUACAAGAGUUUGACAUUGGGCAGCAAAGGUCAUUCUUGAGGUUUGUGACCGGUGCACCUCGGCUCCCUUCUGGAGGUUUGGCGUCUCUCAACCCAAAAUUGACUGUUGUCCGCAAGCAUUGUACUGGCAAAUGGGUGGACUCAGACUUGCCUAGCGUGAUGACCUGCGCAAACUAUCUAAAGUUGCCUCCUUAUUCGUCAAAAGAACUGAUGAGGGAGAAGUUACUCUAUGCCAUAACAGAAGGACAAGGCUCAUUCCACCUCUCGUAG